ACCGCCGUCGGUACUUGUCUGAGCUGGGGGUAGUGUGGAGGAAUGUGGGCAACUUGUGAGCGAGGUCUUUGCGGCUGUUCAACAGUUACAGUAAACUAAACUUUAGAAUUUGUUCGAUCUGGAUUAGCCGAGAAGGUUGGGAGGUAGUAUCGUGUGUUAGAUAUGGCCACUCAGGUCCUGGGCCAGUCUACUGGAUGCAGUAUGUUUUCUCAGACUGGUAUUGGUGUUCCACUAAAUGUAGAUGUAUAUGACCUUAAUGACUUGUCAAAGCCAGAACUGUGUGCACCCCAGCUCAUAAUGUUGGCCAAUGUUGCAUUGACUGGAGAAGUGGGUACCUGUGACUGUUUGGGGGAAGACAAACAGAUGACUGAACUGAAAACAGUUGGCAAUUCUUUUUCCGAAAGUGAGGAAGAAGAAGAGGAAGGGGCAGAUGAAAUGAUUGCAGAACAGAUUGAUGCAUUGUCUGGGACUGUAGUACCAGAAACUGUGAAUAUUCAUCAGGAACACCUUGAAGAUGAUCCAGUGCUGCCUGAUGACUGUUCUAAUGCAAGCAAAGAUUCUGCAGAAGUAGAAACAGACAAUUCAGAUGAAAAAAGUAAGACUAAAUCAAAACCAUUUCGAUGUAAGCCUUGUCAAUAUGAAGCGGAGUCAGAGAAAGAAUUUGUUCACCAUAUCAGGGUUCAUAGUGCCAAAAAGUUUAUUGCAAAAGAAAAUGCAGAGAAGCAAGCCCAGUCCACUUCUGAUCCUGAGCCACCUGCAGAAGAGGGAGAUUUCUCCAAAGGCCCCAUCCGUUGUAAUCGAUGCGGUUACAACACCAAUAGAUAUGAUCAUUAUUUGGCCCAUCUGAAGCAUCACAAUAAGGCUGGAGACAACGAGAGUGUGUACAAGUGUAUCAUAUGCACCUAUACUACGGUUAGUGAAUACCACUGGAAAAAACACCUUCGCAAUCACUUCCCAAGAAAAGUGUACUCAUGCUCACAGUGCUCCUACUUUUCUGAUAGAAAAAACAACUACAUACAGCACAUACGCACUCAUACUGGUGAACGCCCAUAUCAAUGCUCAAUGUGUCCGUAUUCAAGUUCUCAAAAAACCCACUUAACCAGGCACAUGCGAACUCAUUCAGGUGAGAAGCCAUUUAAAUGUGACCAGUGUAGCUAUGUGGCAUCUAACCAGCAUGAAGUGACGAGACAUGCAAGGCAAGUUCAUAAUGGACCUAAACCACUGACUUGCCCACAUUGUGAUUAUAAAACUGCUGAUCGUAGCAACUUUAAGAAGCAUGUGGAGCUUCAUGUCAAUCCUCGUCAGUUCCUGUGUCCUGUUUGUGACUAUGCAGCUUCCAAAAAGUGUAAUCUUCAAUACCACAUUAAGUCAAGGCACAGUGACUGUUCUCUUAUUACAAUGGAUGUUUCGAAAGUGAAACUGCGUACCAAAAAAAAUGAACCAGAAAGUUGUGCUCCUAACAAUUCUGAACAUGUAGAGGUGGAUCAAAAGAAAUGUAAAGGAGAUAUUGAGGAAAAGAAAAAUGACAAAACUCUCAAACCAGAGAAAAAAGAAACGUCAGAACGUAUGAAAAAUCGGUGUGGUAUCACAGGUCAGGUGGCAACAGGAAGUCAAAAAACAUCUUGUGAAAGCAUUGUGACAUCAUGCUCAAUGCAAAAUAAAGCAACUGAAAAAUCAGGCAAGGUAAAGAGCACUAAAAGAAAGUCUGAGCAGGUUGAUUCAAGUCUUGAGAAAGAAGUCCUUGAAAGUGAAACCCCAAGAAAGAAAAAGAAACGGGAAAGUCUUCGUAAAGUUAGUAAAGAAGUACAGAAAUGUAAAGCUAAAGGGAAAGCCUCGAAAAAAAUGUUGAGUAGACAAAGGGAAAAGCAGAAAAGGAAGAUCUUCAAUGACAAAAAGGCAAAAAAAGGAAGUAAUACUGAAAAACAUAAAAAGAAAAAGAAAAAAGAGAAUAAGAAACAAUUUGUACAAGAAUGUCAGCCUUCAGCUUCUGAAGAGAUGCCUGAAGUGUGUAGCACAUCUAAUAAUGUGAUGGAAAAUGGCCGCUGCAGCUUAAACACUGAUCUUGACACUAGCAGCAGUAAUGGUUUUCAGAUUAAUGUUGAAAAGGCAAACGAAGUUAGCCCAGCUCUCUUAGAAACUGUCAGUGAAUACGGAGAACAAACUGAGCAAAACUGUGAUGUGAUAGCUGAGCAAGAAAAUGGUGAAACAGAACAAAAUAAACCUAUGGCACUUUCUGAAACAGAAAUUUCAGUUGAGUGCUGCAAAUUUGUAGAGAACCCCAAGGAAAAUGUAGCAGAGCUGGCAUGUCAGAGUGCUCUGAUGGAAAUUUCAUCUGAAGGACAAAACACCACAGACACUCCUUUUGCUGAGGGGUUAGUUGAGGAAAACAUUACCUCUGUCAGCUUACUUGAUUCUUCACUACAUCAGGAGCACCCAGUGAAGUUUGACACUCAAGCUAAAGUUUCAGAGGAUUUGGUCCAGUUAGAGGAGCCAGUACAAAUGGAUAUUCAGCCAGAUGUUUUUGCUAAAAGAAAUGCUCCUGUAGAAGAGUCUGUAAACCCUGUUGUGCAGUCAGAAAGUAUAUUGCAACAUCAUAGCCCUUUAUCACAUUCAUCUGUGGAAAUGCAUCAGUCUAAUGAAUUCUGCAAAAAAUCAGAUCUGCCCAUGAAUACUCUGGAAACCCAGUCCUGUAGUUUACAAGAAGAAUUUAAAACACAGUACUCCACUUAUGAUGGCUUUCAUUCAGGCAAUUUACUGGGUGAAUCUAAGCCAUUAGAUUCAGUUCAUGAAACUACUCUCUCAGACAACUUAGUAGACGAUUCAGGGUCCCUAGAUUCUGUUCAGGGCAUACCAUUAGACACAUUAGUGGAUAAAACCACAUCAGUGGAUCCUUUCAUUUUGCCAGGUGAGAUUAGACAUAUGGAUCAAAAUCAGAUGGACAUUCCAGGAGACAUUUUACCUGAUGAGGCUGUGCCCCUGACUGCUUUUCAGAAUAUUCCUUUUGCAAGUUUAGUUGAUAACUGUGAGCCACUGGAUUUAUCUUGGAGUGGCAUUCGUUCUAACAUUGCAUCAGAUCACCAUUGUCCAAUGAAUGCAGGCAGUCAUACUUAUAAUUUACCUGAAUACUCAGAUCUACAGCAGUCAGAACAGAGGAACUUUCAGUCUGGCAAUUCACAGGAAGAAGUUCCUCCACUAAACUCUGUGCAGAUGUAUGUAGAACCUGUUGACUCAAUAGAUCUGUCCAAGUCUACACAUCUAGACCAGCAGUUUGAGCCUGCCAAAGCAGCUAAAGUAGAGACUCACUCCAGGAUUUCAGUAGAAGAACUUACCCUGGCUAAGUCCACACAUUUAGACCAGCAGUUUGAGCUAGCUGAGGUAUCACAAAUAGAGAUUCAUUCAAAGACUUCAGCAGAAGAACCCAGCUUGCCUCGGUCAGCUGAGAAAGGUGUUCAGGUUGACAGUGUUGACAGUAUAACAUGUGCAUCAGAGAUUUCUAAUGAAUGUAUAGAUAAUAAUGCUAACUCUUUGCAGGAAAAGCCUACUGAAUCACAUUUGCUGUAUUCAGGUGCUAAAGUUGUGGAUGAAGCAGAACUGGAUGAAGAUGAAGGCAUCCACAGCCAUGAAAGCAGUGACAUUAGUGACAACCUUUCUGAAGGAAGUGAUGACUCUGGGUUAAAUGGAGCACAUGCUGUGCCAGAAAGUGUAAUAGGUAAAGUAAAACACAGUACUGACAAAGUAAGGGUAAUACAAGACAGUAGUUAUACAUGUAUUUUUUGUGACCGUGCAUUUACCCUGGAAGAAGAAUACAGCAAGCACCUUAAUCGCCAUUUGGUUAAUGUAUAUUAUCUUAAAAAGGCAGCAAACGGACAAGAGUGACUUAGUAUAAGGUCAAGAACUAAGACUUGAAAGCAGAUGGUUCUGUGUCUGCAGAAUAUUCCAUUCACAUUGAAUAGUGUCCCUCUGUAUGGAUUGUAUGCUUUAUUUAGUGAUUUGUCUGUUCUUGGAAUCUCAAUUUUGUUGUGAUAUUAAAUGCCAUUACAGUAUGCAGUAUGGCUACCUGCACUGCAGAGUGUAGGCAAAAUAUGUUUUUCAGUUACAGAAACCGUAAGCUUGGAUAUGAGCUUCAUCCUGAAUUUAUGCUUUGGUCAAUAGUCUGUUACUUUAUAAAUUUGUAAUUUAUAUAUUGCUUUGUGUAAGUGAUUUAUAUUUUGUUGAAAUCAAAAAGAUACUUGUUUUGUUAAAUUUGAAUUUUGUGCCACUUUGUAGAUGGUUGUUUGCAUGUGAGUUGCAUUUCAGGCAAUGCUUAUUUUGUUUUUUUCUUUUACGUGGUUUCAUAUACAACAUUUAGCUAAUUGUGUAUUUACCGUAUUUUUUUUUCUGUAUUAAAGGUGUUCAGUUUUUAUGUAUGUAGGGAAAAAUGUAUUGUAUGGAGUGGGCACUUUGUAAACCAUCAAGGUUUCGGUUCAGGAUAAGCUUUGAAGUGAGGGCUUAAAAGGAACUAUAAAAUUAAAAAGCAAUCAUGGUUUGAAAGGAAAAUUCAGAAUGCUUAGAAUCUUAAGGUUCAUAAUUGUAGGGAUUUGAAAUUCUUUUCCCUCUUUUCAAAAGCUGCUUCCCCGUUUGAAGGCCAUUCAUUAAAAAAAUGCACGCUACUGCAGAGAUGUAUAAUAACCCUAAUUUUAUUUUUGUUAUUGCUAUUUUGAUAACUAAGCAGAAACCUCUUUUUAUGGUGCUUUAAAGGCUCCUUGUAUUGCACACUUCGUGUUGUAUUAUCUAUGCAAUUCAUUAGAGCAAAUGAAUAUAUACAUGUUUCUUUUUGUUUUACUGUCUUGUUUCGUGUAUGAUUUAUUUCAAGGUUUGUUACUUUGUCCCUUGUUAAGUACAGUAUUUGUGGGAAUGAGACUGUCCAGAGUCUUUGUAGUCAGUGUUUUAGUGAGUAGAACACUACUGCCUUUUGUAUACAAUGGAUGCAUACUUAAAGUACACAAUUUAAGAAAACUGUAUUUACACUAGAUACAAACUUUCCCAAUUUUAAACCUUAACUUGUGAAUAGUUUUAGAAAUACUCAUACUACCACAAUUUUUAAUUGGGAUUUCAAUAGAAGCCAUUCCUACAAAAGGACCUUAAUAAAUUUUACCGAAUGCAUGGUGCGUGGAAAGGCAAGGUGAACAUGCUUAUGUAACCUUUUGAGGAAAUCCCUUCAAAGCACUCCAGACAUCUGGGAUGAAUUACCAAGAUGAAGACUUAGAAUUGUAGAUAAUUUUUCAGUUCUAAGCACGUAGCAUUUAAAUGCAUACAUAUGCAAGACUGGGUAAAAGAUUUGAAAUAUUUUACUCUAUAAAUAGCACAGCCUAAAAUACGUUAUUUUUAUGUUUUCAUCAGCUCUGUAUGUUAUGCUUUGUUGGAGCCUGAUGUUCAGUUUUGCGUAGGUUUCAUUAGCUGUCCUUUCUCAUAGCUGGCAUUUUAUAACAAGUAGGGAAUGUUUGAUAAUUUAUGGCUGAAUGCACUGGCUCUUCCUUAGUGUCACCAGGAGAAUUAAAACCAGAAGGGCUUAGCCUGGCACCUAAAACUUUCUUAGACCACCUUCGCUCUUCCCCUUUAUCCAAAGCACUAAGAAACUAAGAGCCCAUCUCCAGAUCUCUUUUUAGCCAUGAGUUAAAGUAUGUCAUACUGUGAAACAGCCCCAGCGUACUAUUUGUUAGUUUUAGUGCUUGUUGUUUUCCUUGAUUUUGGCCAGGUUUUACGCUGUGACUUUUCUGCCAUUGAAUUUGGGUCAGUUUGCUCUCUGUUUUUCAACUGGUGAGCUUAUGUAAUUUAGCACCCCCAACCUCACCCACCCAGGCCUAUGUCACCGUUUUGUUAGUUUCUCUGUUGUACUUUUCCUUGUCAGUGUGGUGAAAAAAACAAGAUUCUCAGUUUUUUAAAAAGUGUAAAUUUGGGGCCGAAAUCCUUCCUCAGUAUAAACGCGCCAAAUGUACGGAAUGUCAUGGAGAGCCUACUUUUUUUUCGUAGAGGAAUGUGAAAUUUGUCUACCUUUAAGCUAUUUAGCUUAAGAAAGAGAGAAAAAUGAGCUACAAUUGGUGAAGGUCAGUUCAACUCCUGCCUUUCACUUUCUGUCCAGAGCUUCCCCUUUUACCGCCACAUCUCUUUCCCCAGAACAAUUGAAGUAGUUAGCAAUUGAUAAGGGUACUGUGUCUGGUUCUUAUAACUUGUAUCUGCUGUGCCCAAACCUAUUGUUAUUAAAGAUGUUGUGCUUCUGGAACUGCUGCUUAUAAACUUAAGCUUGUUGUAUCCCUGUUAGGAGAAACGUUCCUUUUCCUUUUCUUUCUCUGUAUCAAGUGGACCAUAUCCCAUAGGUCUGUGUCGGUCCAUUUGAGCUAUAAGAUGAUGUGGCAGGCAUUCUUCUGAGUGCAGCAGAUGUGGUUCAGGUAUUAUGUCUCUAAUAUUAGGGGCUUGAUGGCAAGUUCACUGCCUGACUUUUCUAACUGUAGUCCUGAUGCUUCCUUGCUGGGGUAAUUUUGAGUCUCAGUUGGAUCAGUGCCAUUUGUUGCCUAUUGUCAUUGACAUCCGUGUAGAUGGACUGAAUCAAUAUCCUCAACUUCAGCUCCUGUGUUGUUGACAUUACUGUGGACAGCAGAGUUCCUGCCCUUGACUGUUUUAGGCCAGUGCAUCUCGACAUCACGGUAGAUCUCCUAGGACUAUUUUCCACCCCACCCCUUUAUGGUCAGAGUAUUCCUAGGUUCAGCAUUUGGACUGUCAGUGUUGAGGCCAGUGACCACAACCUGUCCACAGAUUGUUUUAUGACAUUAAGGGUCGACAUCAACAUAUCUGCUUGAUUGCUGGGGACUCUUCCAAUAAGUGCCCCACUCCAGACAUAGACAGUGACAAGUAGGUUGAUUCUCUUUCUGUUGCGAGUAUCAAGCAGUUUUGGAUAAAUACUGGAACUCAGCAGAGUCAAGGUGAAAUGGUCACCACACAUCCUUUACGAGUCCAAGCACAUUCUUGUUCAGACCUUCUCAUCCACCUUGGUUGUCUCCUUGGGCAGUUCCUCCAGCUGAUAAAAUGAAAAAAGCCAAGUUAGAGAAAUAUGAUAGCAAGGGUCAUACUUUCUCCAAGCUUUGACUGAAUUUCCAGGCUCCUCAGCAUCCAUUUGAUCAGACUGUGCAGAGCUCAUGUCAGCUGUGGUUUCAGCACUACCAGCAAAAUAAUAUGCAGAGUUCUGGUGAGGGCCAUAGGGUUUGCGGUAAUUUACAGAAUGGCUGCACUCCCAGAAUAAUUUUUUUUUUGGCAAAGUAGUGGGGGUAGUCGUGGUUCUCCUUCAGGACAAUAGCAGUCUACUUCCAAAACCCCUGCUUGGCUGCUUCCCUUUGUACACAGUAAAUCCACAUUGAAUGCCAUCACUUGUGAAAGUCAGGUCUGGAACACAGUAUCCAGACACUAUUCUAUUCCCUUCAUGACUGUCUCCAAGAUGCAUCCUUUCAUAGAUGUCCCAUACUGUCACAAAGCUGUGGCCAAACUAGAUGCCUAGAGCUUAAGAGCUGUCCAAAAAGUUGCAUUAGACCAAAAAGGGCCCUUAUUCAUACCAGAAAAAAAUGCAGAACACUGGCCUGUUCUUCACAUAAGAAGCCUAAAUCAAUACAGAAGCCUAAAUCAAUACAUUUCCAAAGAGCCCUUUUGCAUUUGUAUGAAGCAGUGCAUUCUUGUCCCUCCCUCAUCUGAAGGAGACUGGAUGAGUUGUUUGGACCUGUAAGAUGCAGACUUGUCCAUAGAUUGCCAGGGGGUGCCAGAAGCUCUUGCACUUCCAGAUAGGGGCUAUGCUUUCUCCAGAGCCUUAUGGAUUUCACCAAAAGUAUGUCAGCAGUGCCAGUCUGGGUGCUCAGCCUGCAGGGUCGUAGGUUUUACAUUACCUAGGCCACUGGCUUCCAGCAGUCCCAUUGUGACCAGUCUGAUUGCCUCCCAAGGAUUUGCUUCUCAGGUUUUCACAGUGGUUGAGAAUAACUGUAAAUACUGCAGAGUCCCAGAUGACACCCAUGAAGUAGGUCACCCUUAUAGGCUGCACUGUGGUUACUCCAGCUUGCCAAUCCUUUCUUUUGAUGGACAAAGUCCAUCCAGUCCACAGUUAAGUUAAUCCAAAAGUAAUUUACUGUAGCUUUCAAUCUUGGAUGACUUGAGUCUCAUGGAGCCCAUAGUUCGUAGUCUGUAAUUCUGUAACCCAUAUCUUUUGGAUCAUGGGAACAGUACUUGGCAAGCAAUCACAAUGACCAUAAGAUGCUUAGCUAGACACAUCUUUAAAUUGAUGCACUUAAAAGUUCUGUUUCAAACACUUAAAAGUGCUCACCUCUAAAACUGAAGGACAUGCAUAAUAAGCCUGGUGUAAAUUGAUAUCUGCAUCCAAUCACCCAAACUAGCUGUAAAGAACGAGUUAGAAAGCUGUCCUUUCAGAGAGCAUUGUUUAUUUGUUGGUGUAGAUUUAAGUCCCCAGUGCAGGUGUUUGUAGAGCCAUUGGUUUUUGUGAAGAAGUCUGAGGUCAUAUAGGACUAGGUCUUUCAUGGCUAGAAAAGCAAAACAUAGGUCACCUCAGUGCAUUCAGUAGACUGCAGAGUAUAAGGAGUGUUGCGCUGCUCUACUGGGAUAAUUGAAAAUUUUAAGACCUUUUAUUUUCUUGUUUAGAAAUCUUUGUAACCUUUCAAGUGAAAAAUAUAGAUUUGUACAUACCAAACAGGGCAAUGGAUUCAGUGAUGGGUAAGUUAAGGGAAGAGUAGAGAUAUAGGUUGAGUUUUUUGGAUCUUUAGGUUAUUCCUAUGGAAUUUACCUCUGUCAGAAAGGGUUCCCUCAGACCCUGUCGAAACAUGGUAAUAGAAUGAGAGUUAUCCACAUAAAUACUAGGUCUGUUAUGACCAUGCCUGUGCCAUUUAUAACUUAAAAUGUGCCUUUUAUUUAUUUUUUUUCUUCGCUGAAUGCCAUACUGCAUUUUUGCAUUUAGUUUGAGACGGUUUUUAGUACACCAGGUUUAUGCAUAUUCCAAACGUAGUAUUAGUGGAUGAGUGGUAAUGGUGCUUGGCUUGCAGUAAUCAGCAAGCUGGUGUUCCAAAGGAUAUGUGAGCUAUGGACAACAGACUAUGAGCUACGGAAUCCACUAGACCAUUACACUUCUGAGAUAUUGGCUUGGAUGUUUGCAAAUAUAAAUGCCAAAGAGGAGAGGACCCAGACUGAUCCCUAUGGUACCUCACUAGUCACAAUUUUAAAUUUAGACACUGUAUCAGCAACUUUCACAAAGAGGGAUCUGUUAGCAAUUUGCAGUCCAGCAAAUAACAUAGAUUAUAUUUUUUGUCUAAUUUUACAGUGCUAAUAGUAUGGGGAGUAGUGUCAGAUGCAUUGGCAGGCCAAGAUAAGCAGCAUGCACUGAGCAGCCACUCUCCACAGCUUCUGUAACCUUUAAAGCUUACAAGGUUCAGGAGACCGGACGUAUAUUUCACAAAACUGAACUGGUUGAGGUCUUAUUCAAUUGUGGCUGCAUAAAUGAGUUCUGCUAUGACAACUUCCAUGCUGUUGUAUAUAUGGUUGGUGAGGCGGAUGGAACUGUAAUUACCCAAACCCGCAGAUGAGCUGUCCCUGUGUAUGAAAGUCACAGUAGCAGUUCUGCAGGCAUCAGCAACAAAUUACCCAACCUCAGCCUACAUACAGAGUUUAAGUAGAUGCUCAGAUAGUGCAUACUUGGCACCAAUGAGAAUGCAGUCUGGUAUGUUUGUUGGUCUCAUGGAAGUAUUGUUUUUAGCCUUUGACAGGGAAUCUGCUGUUUGUUUUAAAGUGGUUUGAGGAGAAACAGAAUUAUCAGGGUUAGUGGUCACAACAGUUUGGAUAGGUAGGGUAAAGUUGCACUAAAUUUGUCUGCCAGUAUGUUGACUAUAUCCUUGGAAUUGGAAAGUGUAAUGUUAUGGAUGAGUUCUUUGCAGUUUUGGAUUUUAUUCUCUAAUUUCCUGAUAUAACUGAAGAAGGAUUUGUAGCUUCCUUUGGUAGCUGUCAUGAUCUUAAGGUCAUACUUUGCUUUACAUUUUCAAAUAGGGCUCUUGUGUUCCUUGCUUGUAUGCCUCACUGAACUCUUGAGGUAGGGUGAUGGGAAUUUCUUGCACCUUUUCAUUAUUUUCCUUCUUUUGUUAGUCUAUUACUGCAGUAAUUCUACAAGGGAGAGGUUUAUUCCAGAAGUCACUAUUAUAUUUAGGGGAUGCAGCUACUGACUUUUCUGUGAGGUUGUUUGGGUGCUGGUAAAAGUCUAAAAUAAAAGUACAUCCGCCAUCUUAGUUGAGUCCAUUUGUGGGGGAUUGUUGAGAAUUUUGCUGAGGUCUUCCAUAAGCUGAAGUAGAAUUCUCCUUCAGAAGUCCCUAAAGACAGUCUCAUUUGUUGGGGGUGUACUGCUAGGCCUCUCAAAGAAGAUGACUGAUUUGUGAUGAGAUUUAAACAGGGGUGAGGAAAUGGAGGAUCUAAGUCGGUAACCUCUGGUGGGUUGUUUUACAGUUUGCUCCAGCAUAUUGGUAAAAUAAGAGUCUGGAAAACCUGUAUAUCCAUUUUUAGAAGUUUGUAUGCCAUUUAAUGCUUGAUUAAUUGGAAUCCCCUAGCAAGAAUGUACUUGAUUUGAUGUUCAACUCCUCAGUGGAGUUCAGGUAAUUUUCAUGGUCUUUAUAGCUAGCAGCAAAGUAGUAGCUGAAUUUAAGGGUGAUUUGGACUCUCUAGGAGAUCCAAGUUAGGGUUGUGGUAAUUUUAAUGUUGGAUAAUGAUGGUUAAGACAGAUACUCCGUUACAAUUACCUAAGGGCCUCAAUUCAUGUUAGGUACUCAACCUAAUUAUAGAGGGAAUGCUCUCAUUCAACUGCAACCAUGCCUUAGUAACUGCACAAAUGUGAAUGUGCUCAAGUUGCAGGUGAGCCUCAGGUUCUGGCAUCUUCCUGUGUAGACUCAUAGUAUUGAGUAGUGCUACCAUGAUAUUAUCCCAGUUUGAGCUUGCUAUGUUGUAAUGCCCAGCAAGGGAGACUUCACCUAAAAAGGCACUGCUGGGCCUGCAUGAUAUAGCUGGUAUGCAGAAGCCUGGUAAGAGAGAUGUAAGCUAUUCUGGCAAUACAAGGAAGUCUUAUCUUAUCUCUACCUAGGGCUACACAUACUGGAUCCCCUUAGAGUGACACCAACUACUGAGAUAGUUCCACUUAUCCUGUAUUGGUAGCUAGGUGUUAUUCUUGGUGAAGGCAAUGUGCUACUCAUGGCCAGCAUCUUUCCUGACUCUAAUACAUUUAUACAUAUAUAGUAAGUUCCGUUAUGUUUGUCUGCUUGUCCCUCUGGGUGGAGCACCUUGAGCCAUUCAGUCCAACAUAUCACCAAUAGGUAGUAGUCAUAUUUCUCUAUUUUAAGAGAUCUUAAGACUCUGAUCAAAAGUCCAGGAAGUGCAGAGGGCACCCUUCACGGUAGACUCAUGAGUCCAACCUCUCUUUGAGCAGACACUUCCAAGCUCCUGUUCCUAUGGUGACCAUGAAUACAGAUGCCUCUGCUUUUGGGUUGGGGGCAUUAUUUGGGGAAGACAGUCCAGGACAUAUGUUUGAUCCACUUGACCAAUCUGUAGAUCAGCAUUCUGGGUGUGAGAGACAUCCUUCCUUGCAGGUUUUCCUGACCUUCAUCCUCAUGUGUCACAUUGUCACCCACAUCCAAAGGCUCUUCUCAUUCCUUGUAUAAAUGAGACUGUAAUAAAUUACCCCCCCUUCUUUGUUGAAAGGCCAUGAAAGCAUGGGACCGGGUCUUUGUUUCCAGUCACCUUCUCGUUGCCUGUCACAUUCUGGCACAAGCCUGUUCUCUAGUAAAUUGGAUCAGUCGCUGUCUGCUAAUGCCCUACAAGUGGUCUUUCAGGCAGUAUGACAGACUCUAUCCUGUUGUUGGGGGAAGCCUUGCUGUGACCUUUUUGUGUACCCAACCAACUUCAAGUACAACAGCUUCUCUUACACUAUUCCUCCUUCAAGAGGAUGCCACAGAGAUGGAAGUCAUCCAGAAAUGACAUUCAUGACUUAUUUAUGCCUCCCCCUAUUUACCCUUAUUCUUAAAUUUCUGGCAAAAGCCAAAAUGAUUCUAAUAUCCUCUUUGUGGCCCCAGUAAGUGAGUUUCCCCCUCUUUGGCCUCUCCUCCUGGACAGGCCUUUCUGUCUGAAGCCAUCCAGCAAUCUCCUGUCUCUUCCAUCUUGCAAGUCUUACCCAGACCUUUAUUCCCUCAGAUUAACUGCUUUGUUUCUCUGUUUCCUGUGGUUACCAGAGAAACUUCAUGCCCUUGGCCAUGGUGUUCCAUAUUUUUACUUCUGCUCAGAGACUUGCCACUAGGAGGAAGUAUUAAAGCAAAUUGACUUGUUUUUCCAUGUGGACCACAGCUAGGGCUCUAUACCCCUUUAUGGUUUAUUUUCCAAGUGUUUUGGAGUAUUUCGCAAAGAUUUUGAUUCAGGACUUUGCAUCUCUUUUGUUGAGGUCCAUUUUUUCCUCAAAUGUGCUGAUUCUUUCUUGUUAGCAUCUCUUAUAAUCGGAAAAUGUUCUUUAAGGGCAGCUUCCUGUUUUUCUGGCAUACCACCCAUUAAGUCUGUGUUCCAUCCUUGAAACAUUGGAGGAGCUUAUCUUGCCUGUUUUCAAGCCUAACUGCUUUUAGGAGAUAAAUGGUCUUUAAUGGAGAAUAUUAUUCUUAUUUAUUAAUACCUCUGCCAGAAGAAUUUUGAGCUUCAAGCUUUGUGUGCCAAUCCCCUUAUGUUGCUUUUAACCAAAAACAAAGUGUCUAUGAGAAUGGAUCCUUCCUUUAUGCAAGAAGUAGCAUGGAAACUAAUUUCAUUUGAAUGAUCUCCCAGUAUUGUUUCAUACUUAACACUAACUCUGCUUAAUUGCAUGGAUGUCCAUUGACAAUUUUCUUUGAAUAGAGCAAAAUCCAUCAUGAGAGAUUUACAGCAUUUUAUUUCAUUUUCUAAUAAAAACAUUUGGUUCUGAAGUGUCUAGGUCAUUUUAGCUUUCCCAGUACAUAAUGUUUUAUUAGAAAUAUGUCAAGCCUUUACCUGAAUUCACAGUUGGUCACUCUAAGGCAGUGCCACUUUUGAAAGCGUUCUUUAAAAAUACUUUAGUGGAGGACAUUUGUGCAUUUUCUACAUGGGCAUCGCUGAUUAUUUUUGCAAUACACCACAAGCUGGAUGUGAUCUCUAGGUCAAGGUCAUUCUAGAGGGCCAUUAUUUAGGGCAUUCUUUCAUGAAGGCCACCCAAGGGGUCAGGCUUGGACUCUGCUAUACUGGUGAUAGAGGUAGAACUCCCAACAUCAAGACAUUAAAGUUGCAUAAUUUCCGUAAAGAUAGAUCAUCCUUAGUAGUUUCAUCUGUAUCACCAUAUCAACCUCCUUUUGCCUCAAGCUUGACAAGUGCCAUCCUUUAGUAGGCAGUUUCGGAGUACAGCAAGUUUAAUUUAAUUUAUGCUUUAACUCAUGGAGACUAACAGAUCUGGAAAUGGGUCCUCAGAUUGUCGGCUUGACAAGAGCCCUCAUUUGGUAGGGGCAGUUUAGGAGUGGAGCAAGGUUCAUUUUAUUUAUGCUUGAACUUAUGGGAACUAGUAGAAAUCCUAAGAUCCCCAACUUUGUGGGUAAGGGGAGGAGCUAAGGUAGCCUGGGAAGAUUUUAGGUGUGUGGCUGGGUUAACUGCUGCUACCUCGGGUCUGUCAUUACAGUAAGUGUAUAACUUUUGUUAACCCAGUGUUGCGUCAGUCUUGUGGUAGUCACGUAAACAGUGAGGAAGGCUGUGCCCUCCCACGCACCAUCCAAAGACGCCCUCUGUUUAAAUGCAAACUGUCAAAAUUAGACUUUUUGUAACUCCCAGGUUUGAGUGGUGACUGUUGUUAAAACUCAUUUUACAGAAUUUUUUUUUUUUUUUUUU